UCUAAAAGCACAUAAGUUUAUACAAAAUCGUGGCAAGGACUACAUUGGUUCUCUCAUGACCAACCUGACUCAUUAUACACAAGCUCAAGUCAGCGACUAUAUCGACAUGGUUAUAACAGAGUCGUAUACCAAUGUCGGAUUAUGUGAACCUCUCUCCUACAUUUAUUACCGCAGUGUCAACUUCAUUUGUGGUCGUCUCGUUGAUCCCAUUAAUGGAUUCUGGUUAGGUCUUAUACUCUGUGCUCUUCUCUUUCUGCCCGUCUUGUAUUUGGCCCAUCAUCUGAUGUGUUUGUUCAAAAAGUAUGCUUCCUAUACCAGAAGAGCGGACAUAGUGGAGACUGGACGGCCUUCUGGCUGUCCUGCUUGUACGGGUUUACCUUAUGUGCCUUCGCCAGUUGUGAUCUGUUCCGGUGGUCAACAGAAAAUUGGCGGUUGUACGUCAGACCAUACUCCAAGAACGGGAGGUGGAGUUGCCCGCAAUGAUGUUCUUACAUUCGUGGAUGAUCCGUCGACUGAAACCUUUACCGAGGAACAGGAUGAGACCUCAUUCAGUAAGCGAAAGCAAGACUAGGAUUCAAACAGAAAACAUUGGGAGUAAGCAAGGAAUACAUUGACCAAGUGCAGAUUAUCAUCACACGUUAUCAUAAUAUUUUCAUACAUAUAUAUUUGUUAUAGGAAAUUAAUCGAAAUAUAUUCUUGAAUAUA